AUGAAAGAAAAGAUUAAAGACUUGUUCGGAAAAAAGGAUGGUGUUGAAAAUAUUAAAGAACACAUCCAGGAUGAAAUUGAAGAUAGUGAUGAUGAAGGUGUUGAAAUUGAAGAAAUUUAUAAAAAGAAGAGAACCUAUUAUGAAGUAUUGGGUAUUAAAAAGACAGCAACACAAAAAGAGAUUACAGAUGCGUUUAGAAAAAAGUCUAGAAAAUGCCAUCCAGAUGUUCAAAGAUUAACUCCCGAACAAAAGAAGAUUUUCAAACCAAAAGAAUUGGAAGAAUAUUUUGAAGAAAAACAAAAACAACUUAAUGAAGCCUAUGAAGUACUUUCAAAUGAAAGAAAAAGGGCACAAUAUGAUGUACUAGGAAAAUGUAUUACUUCGCUUGUAUUAGUUGAUGAUUCUGAAAAUGUAAAUUUUCAAGAAUUAAAAGAAAGAUAUAAGAAUUACAAAAGAGAACAACGUAAAAUUCAUCGUGAUACAAAAACUCAAGGAAGUAGUUCUGCAACACUAGGUGUAGAUUUAGCUGGAAUGUUUUUAAGUGAAGAGGAAUCUGAACAAAUUGUUGAAGAGGAUGGUAAAACAUAUCGUGUCAUUAUUCCAAAAGUUUCAUUUACAAAUUCUUCAUUUUCACAAUCAUUCCAAACACCAAUUACAAAAUUAGAUACUGUUCUAUUUCAUGGAAAUGCAAAUUGUGAUCAAUUAGAAUCAGAAAAUGUUGCUCAUACAAUUGCUGUUCAAUGGAGACAUGUUAUGGAUCCAACAAAGGAAUCAACUCAAAUGGAUCUUGCAACUAUUUAUUCAAGUCAAAAUCCAACUGAUUUAUCAAUUGUUGCUUCUGGAAGUACAAAAUUAUCAGAAUUUAGUCAAGGUUCAAUGCAAUGGGUAGGUCAAUUUAAUGGUGUUAGUCCUACUGUUUUAAAUUGGUUAACUGUUGCUGGGUUCCAAGUUGUUUAUAAGAGACAAUUAUUUUCUGAUAAUACUUUAAGUGGAUCAAUACUUUUCAGUUUCCCUAGGGAUAAUAAUGUUACAUUUACGCUAGAUAAGAGUUUUGUACAUGAUGGAUCUUCAAUUUCUUCAGAAUUAAGAAUUGGUGCUGCUAGUUCUCAUAUUUCAUGUGAAUUUAGAAGAAAUUUACCUGAAUGGUUACGAAAUGCAAUUGUUAGAUCAAAAUCUGAAGAAGAAGAGGAUGAUAUUGAAUUAGUAUCGGAUUUAACACUGUCGACAACAGAUUUUGUUAGUGAAUAUGAUCUUGGAUUUAAUAUACUUUUAGUUAAACCAGUUGCAGAGGAUACAGAAAUAGGUUUUGGAGUUGGAGCUAGUAUUCAAGAUGGUGUUAAUAUGAAAUUUAAUCUUAGACGAUUCAGACAUAAUUUCAAUGUACCAAUUGCAUUGACACAUAUUUUUGAUUGGAAAAUGUUAUUAUUUGCUACCAUAACACCAAUUGCUUGUUUCUCUCUUUUCAAAUCAUUUAUUUUUGAUCCAAUUUCAAGUUAUUGGAAGAAGAAGGAUAUUAAGAAUCAACGUAAGACUGCCUUCCUUGCAACACAAGAAAAGAGACAAAAGGCACUUGCUGAAUUGGAAAAGAUUAGAGAACAAGCACUUCAAUCAAGAAAUGCAGAAGAAGAAGUUAAUGGUUUAGUAAUUAUUAAUGCUAAAUAUGGAGACUUGGAAGGUGAUAUCGAUGAAGGUGAAUAUCCAUCAUGGAUUGAUCUUACUGAUCAACUUCAAUUCUUGGUUUCAAAUUCUAAACUUUACUUGCCAGAAUAUAGCAAGUCAAGAAUGGAAGGUUCUUUUGAUCCUGCACCAGGUGUAUCAAAAACUUUACUUGUUUGGUAUAGAUUUAAUGGUAAAACUCAUAGAGUUGAAGUAGAUGAUGAGGAAGAAUUGAGAAUUCCAAUUCUGGAAGAUGUAAUUGAUAAGACUGAAGGUAAAGCUACUGCUAGUGCAUCCUCAUCAGAUGAUGAAUAUGAAAGUGAUGAAUGA